UCUGAUUGGCUUGCAGGUCAUUCUACAGUGUAAAUUAUAAAUGAAAACGUGCUUUUAUAUCAGUGUGACAGAUUCACAAUACCGAGCGUGUCUCAAACCGUCCCGCGCUUUUAUCUGCCUAAAGGUAUCUUCACGCACGACUGGAUAGGCCUUUUAGAUACGCUUGUCCAAGGCCCAAGACAUAAAGUUGCCUGAAAGCUGUGUAGCAAGAAUUCCUGCUCCUGACACAUAGGAUGGUAAUCACAUACACGAUUGGCUUAAUCAAGAAUCAUGGAUACCUUUCAUACCUCAUCACAAGUUGGAACUAGUGGUCAACAUUGGGACAAUGCAGCCCAAAAUAACAGGGCUGAAUAUUUUCAUGGAGGUAAGCACUACACUUCUGAUGGGUUUAAAGAUUGUAUUACAUUAUCUAAAAGUGAGAAAGUAAACCCCAGCUGCUGUUAUUCUUUUCACAGGGAAGGACAAUCCCCAUUAUGCCAUGAAUGUUUCAUUGCUGAACCACCAUAGAUAUUUUUCCCCUAAUUUGUCUCCCGUUCCUCCCAACAGUGAGCAAGACCUGCCAGCAGAGCUCACUGGAGCAGGGAGACAUCCCGUCAUCCUUUUGGCGCCUGACAAAAUCAUCACAGCAGCCGAAGUUGCUGUGCAGAGAAAGGAGAUCGUCCAAGCAUCAGGCCUCAUCCCAUCACAGAGGAAGGGUAUCCUCCAAAAAGCCAGUGUCCCUUCACAGAGGGAGGGGAUUCUCUCAGCCGCCAGCGUCAAUGCACAGAGGGAGGAGAACCUCCGAUCAUCAGGCGUCAUCCCUGCACGGAGGGAGGGGAUCCUCCAAACAGCUAGUGUCCCUUCACAGAGGAAGGGGAAUCUCUCAGCCGCCAGCAUCAAUGCACAGAGGGAGGAGAUCCUACGAUCAUCAGGCCUCAUCUCGUCACAGAGGGAGGGGAUCCUCCAAACAGCCAGUGUCACUGCGCAGAGGGAGGAAAUCGUCCCAAUGGCCAGCGUCCCUGUGCACAGGGAGGGGAUUGUCCCAAGGGCUAGUGUCCCUGCUGAGAGGGAGGAGAUCCUCCGAGCAUCAGGCCUCAUCCCUGCACAGAGGAAGGGGAUCCUCCAAACAGCCAGUGUCCCUGCACCGAGGGAGGGAAUUCUCAGAGCAGCUAGCAUCACUGCGCAGAGGGAGGAGAUCCUCAGAGCAUCAGGCCUCAUCCCUGCACAUAGGGAGGGGAUCCUCCGAGCAUCAGGCCUCAUCCCUACAAAGAGGGAGGGGAUUCUUCCAGCAGCUUCUAUCACUGCGCAGAAGAAUAAGAUGCUCAGAGCAUCACAACUCACCCCUGCACAAAGGGAGUUGAUCCUCCUGAUGACCAGUGUCACUGCGCAGAGAAAGGGAAUCUUCCCAAAGGCCAGUGUCUCUGCGCACAGGGAGUGGAUCGUCCCAAAGGCUGGUGUCCCUGCAGAGAGGGAGGAGAUCCUCCUCACAGCCAGUUUCCCUGUGAAGAAGGAAAACAAUCAUCCACAACCACCUCCCAUCAUCCCCAUGGUGGCACCACUGUGGAAAUGGGAUGUUGGAGCGUGUACUGCACCUGUGGAUUUCUAUUCCAAGAGAAGAGAUGUCCGACUUAGAUAUGUUGAGCAUCCUGCUAUGAUGUCCAUCACCAAGCCGGAACACUCCGAUGCCAACCCUCAGUUCCAGACUGGCACCCGGCCGGUGGCUGAGCCCCAGACCCCUGCUGUUCACAAUAACAGUGGAGGCUGGCUCAGCUGGGUCUUUGGGAGUGGAAGAGCUAAUAAGAAGGAGGUUCAUCUACCUGAGGACAAAGACAGAUCUAUUGUCUGGGAUCCAACUCUGCACAGAUGGGUUAACAAAACUGAGCCCAAGGCUGAGGACAAGUGUGUACCACCACCUCCACCGAUGGGGACAUAUGGAUAUCAGGGGAACACUGGCAAUGUCCCCAAAGGAGUGAAUCCCUACUCUAUGAAAGCAGCAGGUCUAUGGGGCAGCAGAUACCCUACAAUGCAUUUCAAUGAUGGGACAAACUCAAAGCCUCCAAGCCAUGGGCCUGGACUGCUUCCUAGACAGCUCUCUGGCUUGCUCCCUCCUUCACACUUUGACCUCAUGGCACCAAUGGUUGUGCCACCUGACACUCUACCUUACUGAGGCCAAUUAACCAGAGUGGAUUUGCCAAACAUAGAUUUUUUCAGUGUUAAAAAACUUCACCAUUAAAAAAAAUUAAAAGAUGAUUUUUUA